AUGCGUGACUACUUCGUUGAAGACUCAAAGUUUGACGAACCAUUAUUUCGUCAUCGUUUUCACAUGAGCAAAAGGUUGUUUUUGAAGAUUGUUGGUGAUAUUGAAGCUAACUUUAGCUACUUUCAAGAGGGGUACGACGCACGGAGUAAAAAAAGUUGUAGCGCUCUUCAAAAGUGCACAUCGGCGAUCAAGCAACUGUCUACGGGUGAACCUUCAGACGCGUAUGACGAGUAUUUAUGUAUGGUUGCUAGAACGGGACGCGAAACCAUGGAGUACUUUUGUGAUGCGGUCGUUAAUUUGUAUCAAAAGUAG